GUUUCUUACCUUCAGAACCUGGUGCAUAUAACUGAUGCCACUGCAUUGAUUUCACUUCUUCAGCCAGCACCAGAGACCUUUGAUCUCUUUGAUGACGUUAUCUUAAUGGCAGAAGGGAAGAUAGUCUAUCAUGGACCACGAAAUUGCAUUCUCAAGUUCUUUGAGGACUGCGGGUUUAAGUGUCCAGACAGAAAAGGUUAUAUCUAGAAAAGAUCAAGCACAAUAUUGGUGCUACACAGAUCAACCUUACACUUAUGUUUCUGUUGAUCACUUUGUAAAAAAAUUUAAGGAUUUCCAUCUUGGCCAGAACUUAGAUGAGGAGCUCUCAAUGCCAUUUGAUAAGUCUCACAGCCACAAGGAUGCUCUAUCCUAUAGAUCAUACUCAUUAACUAAGUGGGAACUGCUUAAAGCUUGCACAAGGAGAGAAUUUCUUCUAAUGAAAAGGAAUUCUUUUAUUUAUGUAUUCAAAUCAACACAGUUAGUCAUCAUUGCGUCAAUAGCAAUGACUGUUUUCCUUCGAACUCGAAUGGCUGUUGACAUGAUCCAUGCAAAUUAUUAUAUGGGCUCAUUGUUCUAUGCACUCCUCAUUCUUCUUGUGGAUGGAUUUCCAGAACUGUCCAUGACUGUCUCGAGACUAGCAGUUUUCUACAAGCAGAAAGAGCUUUUCUUUUAUCCUGCUUGGGCUUACACAAUCCCUGCUGCCAUCCUGAAAGUUCCUCUUUCAUUUUUGGAAGCUUUUGUGUGGACAGCUCUAACGUACUAUGUCAUUGGUUACAGCCCCGAGGUGGGAAGGUUCUUCCGCCAGUUCCUUCUACUUUUGACUGUGCAUCUAACAUCAAUAUCCAUGUUCCGAUUUAUUGCCUCACUCUUCCAAACUGUGGUUGCUUCAAUGACAGCGGGUAGCCUAUCCAUAAUAUUUGUUCUAUUAUUUGGUGGCUUUGUUAUCCCCAAGUCCUCUAUGCCAACUUGGUUGGAAUGGGGAUUUUGGGUUUCUCCCUUGUCAUAUGGAGAGAUAGGCUUGACAGUGAAUGAAUUCCUUGCACCUCGAUGGGAAAAGCUGUCUGCAAACAAAACUCUGGGGCGACAAGCAUUAGAAACUCGUGGAUUAAACUUCGACAGUUACCAUUAUUGGAUAUCAAUUGCUGCCUUAACUGGGUUCACAGUGCUUUUUAACGUUGGUUUUACCUUGUCAUUAGCUUACUUGAAGCCUCCAGGAAAAUCUCGUGCUUUAAUUUCUUAUGAAAGGUACUCUCAACUUCAAGGAAUAAAAGACAGCUACAACAAUUCGGAUAGAGGCACGAACCCUACCCGUGCUUCUCCUGAAACAACUUCAGAAGCUAGAAAGGGAAGGAUGAUUCUACCUUUUGAGCCCUUAACUGUAACAUUUCAUGAUGUGCAGUAUUAUAUAGAAACCCCUUUGGAAAUGAAAGGGCAGGGUUUUACACACAAGAAGCUCCAGCUCCUUUCAGAUAUUACAGGUGCAUUCAGACCAGGCAUACUAACAGCUUUGAUGGGUGUCAGUGGAGCAGGGAAAACAACACUUAUGGAUGUUCUUUCUGGAAGGAAGACCAGUGGUACCAUUAAAGGAGAGAUUAGAAUUGGUGGGCGCCCAAAAGUUCAAGACACAUUUGCCAGGAUAUCAGGUUACUGUGAGCAAAUGGAUAUACAUUCUCCACAAAUCACUGUAGAAGAAUCAGUGGUAUAUUCUGCUUGGCUGCGGCUCCCAUCUCAGAUUGACUCAAACACUAAAGCUGAAUUUGUAAAUGAAGUCCUUGAGACUAUUGAGCUUGAUGUGAUCAAGGAUUGUUUAGUAGGAAUGCCAGGUGUUAGUGGUUUAUCAACUGAGCAACGUAAACGGCUUACUAUAGCUGUGGAGCUUGUUGCCAAUCCUUCUAUCAUAUUCAUGGACGAACCAACAUCAGGUCUGGAUGCAAGGGCAGCGGCAAUUGUUAUGAGAGCAGUGAAGAACAUUGUUGAGACAGGAAGAACAGUUGUGUGCACUAUCCAUCAACCAAGUAUUGAUAUCUUUGAGGCAUUUGAUGAGUUGAUUCUAAUGAAAAAUGGAGGCCGCAUAAUAUAUGCUGGUCCACUGGAGCAGCACUCAAGUAGGGUUAUUGAGUACUUUGAGAGUAUCCCUGGAGUUCCAGCUAUUAAAGACAAUCAUAAUCCUGCGACGUGGAUGUUAGAAGUUACUUCAAAAUCUGCUGAAACUCAACUUGGAGUAGAUUUUGCACAAAUUUAUCAGGGGUCCACCUUGUAUGAGCAAAACAAAGAGUUGGUUAAGCGAUUGAGUUCACCAUCUCCAGGUUCAAGGGAAUUGCAUUUUCCUACCCGCUUUCCACAAGGUGGUUGGGAGCAGUUCAAAGCAUGCUUAUGGAAACAGCAUUUGUCCUAUUGGCGAAGUCCUUCAUACAAUUUGAUGCGUAUCAUUUUUAUGAUUGUCUCAUCUUUGGUGUUUGGAGUACUGUUCUGGAAGCAAGGAGAGAAAAUAAAAAACCAGCAAGACCUCUUCAACGUGCUUGGUUCAAUGUUUACUGCCAUUCUCUUCUUUGGCAUAAACAAUUGCUCAACAGUUCUACCCCUUGUUGCAACGGAGCGGACCGUUUUGUGCCGAGAAAGAUUUGCAGGAAUGUACUUUUCAUGGGCGUAUUCAUUGGCACAGGUGCUAGUGGAGGUUCCCUACCAGUUAAUCCAAGCAGUUCUCUAUGUGAUCAUCACCUAUCCUAUGAUUGGUUACUACCCGUCAGCCUAUAAGAUAUUCUGGCAAUUCUACAGCAUGUUCUGUACACUGCUAUCCUUCAAUUACCUAGGAAUGCUUCUGGUUUCUUUAACGCCAAAUAUUCAGGUGGCUUCAAUUGUGGCUUCAUCUUCCUACACAAUGCUGAAUUUGUUCUCUGGGUUCAUUAUUCCAAGACCUAAUAUCCCAAAGUGGUGGCUUUGGUUGUAUUACUUAUGUCCCACAUCUUGGGCACUGAAUGGUAUGCUUACUUCCCAAUAUGGAGAAAUACACAAAGAAAUAUCUGUGUUUGGAGAAACAAAAACAGUUGCCACCUUCCUAGAGGAUUACUAUGGGUUUCACCACAAUCGAUUAAGUGUUGUUGCUGUUGUUCUUAUUGUCUUCCCCAUAGUCUUUGCUUGUCUUUUUGCCUACUUUAUUGGCAAACUGAAUUUCCAAAGGAGGUGAAUGUUGUAAAAAUGUAUCUACACAUUUGGAUGUUAUGGUUAUUAUCAUGAACUAUUGGCUGUAAACAUAAUUUUCACAUAUAUAAUUUCUUUGAAGAAUAUCAAGUUGAAACGGCCAUGUCUUCAGUAA